AAAGUCGAAAGCUCACUUAACACCCUAGAAACCGGACAACUGGCCUCCAACCUGAAACUAGACAAAAUAUGCCUCCUAUUAACAAAACUUCUCCCAAACUUGGACGAAGAAGAGAUGGAUAUAGAACAGCCGGUAGAAAAACCCUCGAAAGGUACUUCAAAUGUAGGAUCCGGAUUGAAAACACCUUCCACUAUGACAAGACUAGCCCCAACUAAGAACCAAAAUAAUGAAGGCCUAGAUCCAGCAUCCAAGAAACCGAAAAGCAGCUUAGAUCCAAAAACCACAACAAGAAAAUGAUUAAUCUAAUCCAAUACAAUGCAAGAAGCCUCACAAAAUCUAAUUUAGUUGAAUUCAAAGCCCAUCUGCACACAUACAAACCACACAUAGUCGCCAUUUCCGAAACCUUCUGGAAAGACUCAUUCACUGUCAAAUUCAAUCAAUACUACGUAGUCAAUAAAAACCGACAGACUCAAGCAGGAGGAGGAGUCGCUAUUCUAAUCCACAAAACCAUCCAAUUCAAAAUGCUCCAGAUACCGGACUUACAUACAAUAGAAGCAAUAGGAGUCUCAAUCGCAACUGAAAACAAAGGCCGAAAACAAAUGCUACACAUCAUCUCACUCUACGUACCAAACGGCCAGCUAUGCGACGGAGACGAGCUAGCACAACUAUACAGUACAGACAAAAAUAACAUCAUCCUAUGUGGCGACUUCAACGCCAGACACAAGGAUUGGGAGACCAAUUGUCUCCACCCAAACCGUAGUGGAAGAAUGGUAGCCGACUUACUUGAAAAAGAAAACAACCUUCUAUUAGCAACUCCACCAAACCUAGGCACAAGACAAUGCCCCAAAACACUCAAAUACACUACAAUAGACCUCGCACUCAUGUCCCCACACCUAGCAGCCACAGCAGAAAUAUCAAGAGGACCCUACAUUGGCAGCGACCACUUCCCAAUCCAUGUAAAAUUAAAAACCAUACCAUCACAAUCCUUUAGCCGACCCCCUAGCUGGAACUUCAAUAUAGCAGACUGGAAAAACUGGAACGAAAGUUUAAGAAAAACCAUAGACUCAACUGAUUUCUUCAAAACAGGGGACCCUUCUCAAAAAUAUAAAAUCUUCUACAACGCCCUAAUUACAGCGAACCAAAACAACAACAUUAAGAUAAAAAAAUUCACCAAGGACAUGAAGGCAGAACCAUCAAGGGCCUGGUGGAACGUCGAAUGCAAAAAGGCGGUAGCCCAAUCACGCAAGGCAAGAAACGCAUGCGACCCUAAAAGAGGGGGAAUCAACUGUGAAACCAAUAGAGCCGCAUGGAGAGAAAAAGAAAGGAAAAAAAAGGAAACUAUCAUCAAAGCCAAAAAGACG